UUAUGGUGUCAUGAAACAUGAUAGUCAAAAUUACGAAUACGACGAAAUAUCUGAAGGUGUACCUGCUGACAGAGAAACUGUUUAUGAGGAACGUCGGAGAGUAAUCACUGAUGGUUGCAGAAAGGUUAACAAGACCGUUUCUACCAGUUUUGCUAUAGAAAAUCAAAAUAUAGUUUCUUCGAUUGACCAUAUGGUGUACUAUUGUCCUAUUACAAAGAUUGGUUCAACAUUCUGGAAGAGGGUCUUAACAGUUAUGGGUAGUCACGGUAAACAUUUAUCACCGUUCGAAAUAUCGCUUGGACAGGUUAAAUUGUUGAAGGUUAAAGAUUUUUCUGAAACUGAACUGAAAACUCUCAAGGAGACUGGAACUUCCUUUAUGUUUGUAAGAGACCCAUAUGCUCGGUUAUUUUCUGGUUAUGAAAACAAAAUAUAUCAUGCAAACUUAGUGUACUGGAAAGCGAUUGGCAGACAGGUUGUUCGUGUCGUGAGAAAUAGUGACGAUGAUGUUUACAAAAUCUUUGGAUUUGACGUUACGUUUCUAGAGUUUAUAAAGUAUAUACUGUAUCUAAGUGAAUCAAAGAAAAACAUAGAUGCCCAUUUCACCCCAAUGGUGAAAAGUUGUGAUCCAUGCUUGACACAUUUCCAUUACAUUGGUAAGAUGGAAACGUUUAAAGAUGAUGCAGACUUUUUAAUUUCUAAAUGGCAGAACGAAUUCGAAAAUGUCACUAUUAAAUUCGGUGACUUCGAGAAGGAAUCUAUUCUUGACACCGCUAAAGGACGAAUUAGGUUUUUAUUUGACACUAAGAAAAUUUUGAAUGAAAUAAAAUUCCCAUUUGUCAACAUAAUGCUCAGAACAUGGAGGGAUUUACAAAUGAGGGGUUAUAUAUCGAAGCAUAUUGAAUUUCCAUUUAAAGAUACUAAUGUAAGUGAAAUAACAAAAGAAGAUUAUAUAGAAGCAGUUAAGAAAGCUUUGGAUGCAGCGGUUGAUUAUGUAGCUGUAAAACAGCAGAGGGAAGAAGCUCUUAUACAGUUCUACAGUCAGGUUCCUCUGCAGGACAUGGAGCGAUUGAGACACUACGUGUUACAAGACUGUUUGCUGUUUGGCUACGACGACAGGCCGAAGAAGUUGUUCGAUAGAUCAAAACCUUUGGAUGGAGGGUUCUUGUAUCUUGAUGGUUUAAAAAAAUGACUUAUGUACAAUCAGCUUAAGAAACUGUGUCAAACAUUAUUGUCUGACAAUAUAUAAAAAUACCCAACAUAGCUGUUAAGGUACUAUAACGUCACAAAGUCCAUCGCAAUUCAAUUUAACGCAUUUAGUGUUGAUACCAAAAUUAGAAAUCUAUGUUUAAUUAUAUCAUAUAAGAGGACAAGAGUCUUAAUGAUUUCAUUUGAUUUAUAACUUAGUUAGCUACUAACAGUUUUUAUAAAAUUUCUGACACAGUGAUUGUCGGAUAUACAUUUGGCAAGUUUAAGAUCAAACGCACUACGUAAAGAUUGCAUAAAGUAAUCACAUAAAGAUGUUAUGAAUAUUUGAUAAAUUUGUGCACAAUAAUGUAGUUGCACAUUACGCUCUGUUAAGCUAACUUGUUUCGAUCGCAGGAGCUGAUUACUAUAUGUGCUAAUUCGCUAGUACUGAUUCAAUUUACAACAAUUUACCGAAACAGGAAAACGAAAGCACGGAAUAAGAUAGGACAAAAUAUCACAAAGACGCUUGAUUAUAUACUAUUGAAUAAAAUAUGAUUUUUACAUGCACGUAAAUGAAUUCGAUCUAUUUUAAGAAUGCAAGUGUCGUCAUUAAAUUGAUCGUUUAUCUAAUGUUUGACUUUCAUUCAUUCUUUAACAAAGGCUUUUGCGGCACGAUACUUUUAAUUGUACUAAAGAAUUAGAUAUCAAGACUGUCUUGAUGUUUUCAAAUCAAAGUGGCUAAGUUUGAAUUUUUCAUCUAAUUAGGUUAGUGUAUUAUACGUAAAAUUUAAAUAAAGUUAUAUCAUCUAGCAUUCAAACUGACAUUCAUGAGUUAUAUCAUGACGUACACAAAAGGAAUUUCAGAGCUUUUUUCUUUUGUUUACUAUAUAUGGCAAUGUUAACAUAAGAUCAAUGCGAUGACGUUACUCUUCAUACCUAGGCUGCCGUUAUCACCCGAUUUAUUUAUUUCAUUAUUUGUUUUACAGUUUUCAUGUUUCAUUAAGCUCUUUCUUACUGUAAAUGUACUUUUCAAAUGUUGCAUAUUCCGUUCUUAAUUAGAGUAAAUAUUUACAGAGUUUUGAAAGAUCUAUUACUUUCGCUGGAAACUUGAAGAACGUUACAGGAAGGCUAUUGAUACUGCAUUCUUGCAUAAAAACUACUUUUUUUUUACUGGAUCCGCCCAUAUAUUAACGGGAGAAAAAUCGUGUGCAAACAAGGCAAUUCACGUGUUGUUAAUACAUGAUUUUUAUUUUUGAAAUGCUUUGUCAGGGAUGUAUAUGUAUUUCUGCGCAGGUUGACAUCUGGUAUCUGCGUCUUGAUUCUUUCAUAAUUAAUUUCUUCUUGUAGCAUAUAAGAUGCAAUCUAAUCCAUAGUAUGUUUUGCUGUAUCAGUUACCAAAACCAAACGCACUACCACCAAAAUUGAAAGUACUAACUCCG